ACCCUUGUCGUGGUCUCGAUAUUCGUUUGAAUGCUGUGGUAACGUCAAUACCUCUCUUGUCACUCAAAGUUUAUUUCACAGCACACAAGUCGGGGCAUUCAUUCUUCCAUUCAUUCAGUCCUCAUCCUGAGAUCAGACAACAGACGUUCAAACUACAGCAGCAAAGUUUCAUGAAGGUAUUUCUCUUGUCAUUCGGGGCCUGGCUUUUCUUUUGUUGUUGGUAUUGUCGUCGCUCGACCCGCGACCAAGUGCACUGAAAAUGUCCCCGUUCCGACAAUGAGUCGCGCUGUUAACCCUAACGCUUGCAUAAUUUGGAGGCACGUACGCUUCCUUCACUGUUCUCUACUGAGCCGUGCAAUGAGCUUUGAGGACUCCAGGCAUUAACUUACUGACUCGCGGAAGCCAGAAGAAAGGGAAGGAGAGAUAGAUAGAAAGAGGGAAUGAACGAGAGAAAGGGAGAGAGAGAGAGAGAAGGAACGGGUGGUCGUGAGGAACUGAGGUGGCUUAACUUUACGAGACCAUCGUUGUAACGCCCUGAAUCCUGUCAAGCUGUUCUGCAAGUGAAGCUCAUUUGCACACCGGAUAUACUUGAUCAAGAAAAGUAGGACAGAGGCCAACGUAGAGCCCAUUGACUAAAGACUGGCUCUUGCUACUCAACGUUCUGUUUGCUAUUGCUGAACACCAUUUCCUGGAUUCGUGUAAACAUCAAAGUAUCUUUUCCCCACUUGUAUAAGGGAAAACCUAUUGUGAUAUCUGUUCAGAAAAGUGAUCACACUUUUUAAAACAGAAAGAUUAUGUAGAUUUCAGAAGAACAGCUCGAAAGGCAAACAUAGAUAAUAUUAUUAAUAUGAAUUGUUAAAAGACUGGUAUUACUUUAAGACAAAGAAAGUGAAUAAACAUGGCGUCCACACAUCAAACAAGUAAGAAUUCUACAGGAAGUCGGCAAAAACGUGCAGAGAAAAAGGCAAAAAAGGAAACAAUUUCAUGUGAUGGUGGACCUGAUAAUAUGUCAACUAGUGCAGAAGAAAAUGAAUGCACGGAUGAAACGAAGACUGGGAGAACAUCUCCUAACGUUUCAGGAGGAAGCAAAGUUCGGAAAAACCAGAGAAUAGUAAAAGAAUCAUCCGGUAAGAGACCAGAGAGUGAAAACGAUACAGAGGAGAAUGAAGAAUCAGAAAGUAUCGCUGAUGAUCGUUUGAAAGGCCACAAUUCUCCCUCUAUAACUAGAACAAAUCUUCAUAAUAACAAAACGUCUCCAGCAGAUCUCAGACAAGAGUCUGCGCGAGAUGAACACUCCUCAGAAAUCCCCCGACAAUCAGACAAAUACCCUCAGCAUCUGUUGACCUCUGAGCCGUUGCCUGCCCAGAACAUCAUUGGCCACGAUGUGUCCUUCGCCUGCUCUUCAUCUCCCAAAAGACAAUUGCCAGUCAGCCACACCAAUAAAACUCCGAAUUUCCUAAACCAUCCCAGCCACAGAAAAGACUCGUCCUCCACUUCGACCUCAUCAGUGUCACCAUCUUCGUCUCCAAACCGUGUGGCGUCGCCCCCUCCUCCUCCUCCUCCUCCCUCUCUUCCUCCUCCCCCACAUAGCGUCCUCUUCCCUUCUGCAUUUAUGACUCCAGGAAAGGUCCCAAGAUUCCCAGACGUGCAUGUCAUUCAAAACUCUGUAACUCCAGGUGAAAGCACACUUGUGCCACAAGGAGCAUCCACGAAAAACAUGCCUCCCCAAACGGCCACCGUCAUCCACAACAACAAACCACUCGACAACAACUACAACAACAAGAGUGGCUGCGACAACAUUCCUACAAACUUCUUAUUAUCAAACUAUAACAGCACCAUCAAUAACAAUAAUAACGAUAACAGCAGCACAAAUAACAACAAUAACAAAGCUAACAUCAGCAAUAACAACAAUAACAGCAACAAGAAUUUCGACGAUUCGGACAGUAGAGACAGUGAAGACGCCAGGCCUUUGGAACUGACCAAAAAGUCCAGCCCCAAUCUGGCCGCCACCGCCACAACCCCGUCACGCCCCUCAUUCCUCAUUACAGACAUCCUAGCCCCGAGCACAGCCGCAACCACAGGGGAACAGCAACAACAACAGCAUCUGCAGCAACAGCAACAACACAGAAGACUCCCUCUUCCCUUCAGCAGCUCUCAGCCCCCUGUAUCCCCCCGACUGCCCCUUCACCAUCAAGUCGGGCCACUAGCUCAGUAUGGACAGCCGGAGCUGCUGUCCCCUCACUCCCCGCUCCACCCUCACCCUCACCACCCUCAUCUCCCUCACCCUCACCCACAGCUAAGCGCCCACUUCUCCGUCAUGUCUCGAGAACUGCACAGCAAACUCUUCUCAGAGGCUGCUCAUCCCCACCAGCACAUGGCCAAGUCCUCUCUAGCAGCUGGUGCUGAGGGCAGGGACGGAAAGGAUAAAGACGACAGAAAUAACGAUGAAGAUGAAGACGAUGAUGACGACGAGGAGGACAUUGACGUCGAUGACACGGCGGAACAAGUGGCAAGGACGACGUCCGCUAUUAGUUUUUCCAGUGGCGAAAACGGCAAAAAUUUCGAGGCUGACUCGGAUGGAGAAGAAUCGACAGCGGAAAGCUCCGGUGGCACCAAACGAAGUCGGUCAAGGUCAGGGUCGCCUGUUCUCCUGGUCAAGGCCAAGAAGCCCCGCAAGGCGCGCACGGCCUUCACUGACCACCAGCUGUCUGUCCUGGAGAAGACGUUCGAGCGCCAGAAGUACCUCAGCGUCCAGGACCGCAUGGAGUUGGCGGCAAAACUCAACCUCACGGACACUCAGGUCAAGACCUGGUACCAGAACAGGAG